GAAUAUUGCAAUUGCUGCAGCGCGCGCAAUAGCCUAUAUCUCAUUCUGGACACGCUAGUUUCUUCGAUUCUGGAACGACGACACACCCAAACUCCGGAGCUAGCCAUGAUCUCAGUCUAUGGUUAAUCAUGAAUGAUUCUGGAUUUAUUGGAAUCAAUAUCUGCAUACAAAAUCCUUGUCAGAUCUAUGUGAAUUGGCUAGCUGCUACAACCCUUAUUUGGUAGUAUCGAAUUCCUAAAGCCCUCCUUCUAAAGACAUCAUUCCAAACUUCAGUAGGAACUUGCAAAGGUUGAACUAGUCCAAGGUUGCAUCGGAAAUCAUUUUCUGUUCAAGAUAACUACCUCUUUGCAAGUGCACAAUUAUGUCUUCCAGAGAACGUAUGUAUAUCACAGGUGAUAGGUUGAGAAGUAUAGCAAGAUCUAACAAAAAUCAGACGCCAUCCAAGGAUUUCUUUACCAUGCGGAAGACAACAGAUUAUGAAAGGCAGAGGGAACUCAAUAUUGAAAGAAACAAUAAGAGGUUUCAGGAACUUGGGAUACCUGCGUUAGGUUCAUCAUUGAAAAGAGUCAAAGCAAAUGUUAUUGAGAAUAAUGUUGCUGAUGGGGAUGAUGAGUAUGUUCCAACAUACGAGGAGAGAAUGCAUGCUAAAGAUGAUGAGAGUAUUGCCUUAAAGAAAAACAGCACAUUGAAGACUUCAUUUAAAAACCCAAUCUCUCGACAAACCUCAAGUUCUAAGCCUCAUACUCAAAUGAUCUUUUCUGAUGAAAUGUUUGAAGCCUCUUCGAAUCCGGAAAUGACCAACCUUGCAACAAGUAUGGGGCGUAUUACUAGAGGAAAAGAAACAGGUGUGUCUGGAGUAGAAAGGCUGAACCAACAUCGCAUUCAUGCAUAUAAUUUGAAUGGAGGUGCAUCUGAAAGACAAGCUUCAAUAACAAGAUCAACCACUUCACAGAAUGAUUUUGUUAGAGUCCCUGAAAGAGAAGAAACAGGUAUGUUUGAAGUAGAAAGCCUUAACCAACAUCAUACUCAUGGAAGUAAUUUCGAUGGAGGUGCAUUUGAAAGACAAGCACCACCAACAAGAUCAACCACUUCACAGAGAGAUUUUCUCAGGGUCCAAGAAAGAGAUGAAGUAGCAGGCCUUCACGAAUAUCGGACUCCUGGAGACAUGGAUGGAGUUUCAUUUAAAAGACAAGCCCCAAUAACAAGAUCAAGGACUUCACAAAGAGAAAUUCUCCCAGUCCAUGAAAGAGGUAGUAGAACUACCAAUAUCUUAAUGAAUACAAGUGUUGGAGAUGAAAAUCAUAUGAACUCAUCCGUACAACAAGCUACUCCAGUACUUCGUGGGAAAACAAAAUGUCAAAACUGGAAGAGAAAAAGGGAUAUCAUUCCAAACAAAGUGGAGAUUGAAAUCCCACCCGAGCUUAAUCGUGUUGUCGGGAUGAACAGCACUCAAUUUAUUAGUGAAGCGAGUUAUUUGAUGAAGCAAUGCAUGCCUUUGGAUGUAGAGGAUUGGGGUCAUAUACAUCCCGAUAAAAAACGAAAGUAUUUCAUGAAAUUAAAGGAAUUAUUUAAAUUGCCUGAAGGGCAUCAUGGUAUAGAAAGUGGCGAGCAAACACCUGGUAUAGAAAGUGGCGUUACGAUUUGAGAAAAAAAGCCUAUUCUGAUCAUCCAACAGUUGCUGGUCGUCUUGCUAAUUGUCCUAGUGAAGUAGAUCCUGAAGAAUGGAAAUGGUUGGUGAGUUACUGGGAUAGUGAAAAGUUUAGGCGACGCAGUGAGACAAACAAAAAUAAUCAGAAGUCUCAAACAAUGUUGUCUAAAGUUGGCACAAAAUCAAUUGCAAGUUCCUUCUACGAUAUGCUACAAGCAAAGAAACCAGAUUCAGAUGAGUGUGAUGAAGAGAAUCUAUCAGAAACUGAACACGUGGAAGACAAACCAUACUAUUUGGCCCUAUGGGAAAUGUCUAAGAAACGUAAAAAUGGCACUUGGUCGGAUGAGUAUGCAGAGCAAGCGUAUGAUGAUCUCAAAGCAUUACAUCAGGAACAACUGGAUAAAUAUGGAGAAGAUAAUCUCACUCCACAAGAGGCUUUUGAGAUUGUCCUUAAACAUAAAAAAGGGUCAAAUCAUCAAAGGGGCAUGGGACAAGGAGUGUUGUCAUUUCAUUCUUAUGUGAAGAAGGAUAUUACAAAGGUUCAUGAGCAAGAGAGGAUUGAUACUGAAGUGAAUAAAAGAGUGUCUGAAAUUAAUGAAACUUAUGAAGCUCGUAUCCGUGCUCUAGAGGAAAGAUUGGCUUCUUUACCACGUUCAGAGGCAUCAGGUAAUUCAUCUCAGUAUGUUCAUUUCACUUCCAAGGAGCAUAGCCCCCUCGGAUGAUACAAGAUCAAGGGUGAAUAUGAAAGAUGCCAUUCAGUUUCUAUGACUUUGGUGGAAUUACAUUCGAGAUAGAUGUGACAAGAUGAAAUGAAAAGAUGAAGUUUAGAUGUUAAGCGUUUAUGAUACUAUAACAAAUUGUCAUGUUUAGUACUAUAUUUAUUUUAUGUCAAAACCCUAUUAUAUUAACAAUUGUGAACCUUUGAUAGUUUGGG